AUGUUCGACUACAAUCUGUACUACAUCCUCACAAUUAUCGCGAUAUCAAGCGGAUCUAUCCCCAAAGGUUACGAUGAAGGCGGCUUCAGCGCUUCCGUCGAUCUGGCGUCCUUCAAGACAGAUUUUCGCCUCCUGCCAAAUCGAGAAGUAGGUUCUGAUAUGGAGAUCGCCAACCGCAAAUCCUCUAUCACAAGUAUGGUGCAACUCGGCUCUAUAGGCGGCGCUCUGCUGGCGUUUCUUCUGUGUGAUCGAAUCGGCCGCGUGAGGUCACUCCAGGCCCUCACUCUCCUUUGGGGUAUCGGCUUCCUGAUUGUCAUUACCAGCUUUGGCAACAUUGGACAAAUUCUCGCCGGCCGCUUUCUGGCUGGCCUCGGGGUUGGUAUGACUACUGUGGUCGGCCCGACAUAUUUAGCUGAGGUUGCUCCGAAGGCGAUUCGUGGCAUGUUGACGAAUAUCUUUGCUGGUGCUGUGUACUUCGGUGUCAUGAUCGCCUAUUUUGCGAAUUGGGGUUGUUCGGAGAACAUCUCGGAUUCUUCCCGUUCCCAAUGGAAUUCUCACGUUAUCUCACAGACUGACAAGCUUCUGGAUAUCAGUGUCAUCUUCCUUGCAUCUUGGACCGUGCCGGAGAGUCCUCGCUUCCUUACAAUGAAGGGAAAGCAUGAAGAGGCUCUUGAGAAUCUUUGCACGCUACGCCAACUGCCUAUUGAUCAUCCAAGUAUCAGAUGUGAAAUCCUCAACGCUCGCGAUCAGCUGGAACGCGAACUGGAAAGCACCCAUGGCUCUUCAUUUUGGGGCAAACCAAAGGAACUUGUCACGGUCCCAGCAAAUCGCUACCGUCUAAUGCUGGGCGUCAUGUCGCAACUACUCGGCCAAUGGUCUGGCGCGUCAGCGGUUACCAUCUACGCAACCAGCUUUUUUGCUGCACUUGGUAAGACUGGUCAAAGCGAACAGCUUUUCGCCACAUGCAUCCUCGGCAUUGUUAAGUUUUGCUCCGCCUACAUUUGUGCAUUCUUCCUCAUUGAUUUCCUCGGCCGUCGUCGCUCCCUUUAUACGGGAAUUAUUUUGCAGACUCUUUCAAUCUGCUAUAUUGCCAUUUACCUGGCCAAGGUUCCGGCCUCAACCCAUGUCGAUGAUACUGGUACAGGCGACAUUACAGGGUCUGCUAAACGCGCGGGCAUUGGCGCAAUUGCGGCUAUAUAUAUUUCUGGCUUUGGUUGGGCGAUGGGUUGGAACUCGUUCCAAUAUCUGGUCAACGCGGAAAUAUAUCCCAGUCGGUUGCGUGCCAUAGGUUCAUCUAUCGUGAUGUGCAUCCAUUUUGCCAAUCAAUUUGGCAACACCAAGGCUGUUCCCAGCAUGGUCAUUGCUAUGACAAAUUACGGCUUCUUUGUCUUUUGCACUGCAGUUUGCAUCCUGGGCCUACUGUGGGUUUGGGUCUUUGUUCCUGAGACUGCAGGAAGGAGUCUUGAAUCAAUGGAUGCAUUAUUCUCUCUGCCUUGGCACCAGAUUGGCCGUCAUGGGAAACACCUUUCUGCUGACGGUACUGACCACUUAGACGAGAAUGCCCUGGAGAAAGCCGACGUGGUUCACCAGGAUCGGACAACAGCGUAGAAUGAUUUUAGAGUGCGUCAGGCGUGGAAUCUGGUUUCAUUUGUCACUUUACCUUACCAAGGAAAACUAUGUAGUUUACAAGACUAUCUCGGGAAAUGAAGAUAUUCAAGGUAGCAAAGCAAAGCCGAG